UGUUCAAAUGGACCAAUAUUUAAAAAAAUAUUGCUUGUACUUGGCUAUACUUAGCUUGGGCCGACCGAUCUUAGCAAACACAUACGCCACCGAAGGAAGCAUCUGUCAAGCUGGUGAAAGUAUUGGAAGAUGCGUAGAAAUCCACCAGUACCCCCAGUUUCUGCGAAUUCUUAGACAACGGACUCGCACCAAUGAUGAAACCGAAUUCCUGUUGCAGCAUCUAUGCGGUAAUACGAUUUCGCGGAAAAUAUUGGCUUGCCUUCCCGUGAGAAUUAACGAUCCAGGAUGUGGUCAACAGUUCACUGAACGAAUAGUGAAAGGACAACUGUCGAAAUUAGAUGAGUAUCCAUGGAUGGCAUUGUUUCAGUACAGGAAACCACGCGGACAGACUGGAUUUCACUGCGGUGGAGCGCUGAUCACCAAACGGUACGUCCUAUCAGCGGCUCAUUGCUUUGUAGGUUUGCGCAGCGGUUGGGCAGCUAUCAAGGUUCGGCUCGGAGAAUGGGACUUCGAAGUAGAUCCGGAUUGCACCGAAGAGGACGACGAAAUUAACUGUGCUCCUCCGGUACAAGAGAUCGACCUAGAGCAAAUCAUACCGCAUGAAGGAUUCUCAGUGAAAGACUCGAACAAGGAACACGAUAUCGCGCUGGUACGACUAGCCAACGAAGCGAUUAUCAGUAACUUUGUGAAACCGAUUUGCCUUCCGGAGCCGGGCGAUGUGGAAUACGACAGUCAGUUGUACGAUGGAAUUAUGAUAGCAUCGGGUUGGGGCAAAACGGAAAAUUCGUCGUCCAGUAGGUAUAAACUUUAUACUAAGUUGUGGGCCGUAGACUAUUUGGAAUGCAAAGCAUCCUACAGUAAGGCUUUACGAAUUCAGUUGGGAUUCGAUCAGUUCUGUGCUGGCAGUGACGAUGGACGGGAUACGUGUAACGGAGAUUCCGGUGGACCGCUGAUGAAAGAAGUAGCCCUUCAGGGACGCUUCUAUCUCGCCGGGUUAGUAAGCUUCGGACCUAAACGUUGCGGUGAACAGUUGCCUGGAGUUUACACUAAAGUAGAAGGUUAUUAUAAAUGGAUCGUUAGUAACGUAUUGGAGUCUGAUCCUGGUAGAUGAUCUUCCUAUAAACAUUCUAUGUUAAAAAGUCUUAUUAAUUGUAUCACAGACAAGCAAAAAUAACAUGAAAACCAUUUCAUGCUUCUCGGAAUAUAUACAUGGAACAUUUCAUAGAAAAUCACAUUUUCUCGGUUCUGAAUCAAAUGAUUUUUUUUUUUUUUUAAAUUCCGCGUUCACAAAAAAGAGUCUUUUUCAACAGCCCGUACUGAAAAAUCUAGUAAAGACACAAAAAUUUGUCCAAAACAUAAAAUGUGCGUUUUUUCCUCAGCUUUCAAAUAAACUGUACCAAAAACCAA